AAUCGUUGUAGCCUACUUCAAGAAUUUAAACGUACAGACUAUAUUGAUUAUAAUAUUCAAGUCGCCGAACAGCAGUAGGCCUAUUGAUGGGAGCUGUUGAUUAUUGUCACGGGCACACGUGUGUCCCGUGACGUCACACACCGUCGCUGCGGAACCUCAGAAAGAGGAUGCUGCUGUCGUUUAGGCCCCUGGUCUCGGUCUCUGUGGUGACGCUGCUGGGCUGGUGCUGGUACAGUUUUCGAAGGAGAAGGAGAACUCAUCUCCUCACCGAAGAGGAGGUGUGUUUUCUGGAUGAAAAAAGCCCUGUUCCUUCCUACGUUUUGGGGGAAAGUAACCUAAAGAUGGACCAUAGACUUUCAAGAUCUCCUGAGAUGAGCAACUCCACAGAUAUGUCAAGAUCUACCCCGCUGAAUGGAACAGAAGUCAACCCUGGUAUCCCCUCAGUGACGGGCCUUACCAAGGGAGUUCGACCUGAUCCAGAAGGACAGGUAUCCAUUCGUGCGCGCCAUGAAAAGAGCACCAUUCCCGAUGAAGGUCUUUUGUACUGUGGAGAAGCUGGUGAAGAUGACUCUGGGCUUGAAUCUGAUCCGGUCUGUGUAUCUGUGAGCUGCCGUACCACAGACUCUGACCCCUCAAUGGGCCAACAAUCAGGUCCUGUGCAUACAGACAGCCUGUCUGAUCUCUCUCCUGACAGGGGCUUGAACCAGAAUGACAUGGAGAAGAUCAGCUCCUGUCUUGUCCAACAGGUUAUAGAGGGAGAGAAAUGGAAAAAUCAGGAACCCAGAGAUGUAUGUGAGCUUGUUGGUGCAUCAAGAUCCCUGGAAGAUGGUUUUAGAUCAUUUCAGCAGCAGUACAGCAGUGAUGACGUUCAUCCGAACACGGGCUCGUUUAGUGGAAGAAUGCUCACCCACUUAGGAUCUUCUAUUGGAGAUGACUCGGGAUGCUGUUCCUGUGUCUCAGAAGACGUUUCGGGUGCAGAUGGGCUGACCGAUGAGCUGUCAGAGGGGCAAAGGUUUAUGAUGACCACAACAGGUCCAGACUCCAAAACAGCUGAAGACAAAGGGUUUUCCAGCAUCUCUGGAUUGGCAGAGAAAGAAGAUGAAGCCUGCAUUGGGACAUCGUCACCAGGUUUGGUUGUUGAAAGUUUAAGUACCGAGGCUCUUGUGAACAGCAGUAGCUCUGCUCCGCCUCCAGCCCCGCCCAUCACUCUAUGGGACAUAGAAGUGCCUGCGCACCUGGUUGGUCGAUUGAUCGGAAAGCAGGGGAAGUUUGUGAACUUUCUGAAGCAGAGCUCUGGAGCGAAGAUCUACGUCUCCACCCUGCCUUUCACUCAGGACGUUCAGAUCUGUCACAUACAGGGGUCACAGCAGCAAGUGGAUGAUGCUCUUGCACUUAUCAGGAAGAAGUUUAAAGAUCUAGACCUGAGUAACUGUAUCCCACUACCUUGCUUGCCAGUCACAUCCUGGCUGUUGCUGCCCCAGGACGUGUUUGUGGAGGUGAUCGUGUCGCGGGUAGAGUCAGGUUAUCAUCUGUUCAUCCAGCAGUACAGUCAUCCGUCUUAUCAGGCCCUACCCACCCUUACACAGCACAUGCAGUUUUGCUACUCUCAACCCGGAUGCCCCAGCCUGCCCAAACCUGUGGAGGUGGGAGUGAUCUGUGCCGCUCCAGUAUCAGGUAGUGGCUGGCAGAGAGCCCAAAUCAUUCAGUACGAUGAAGAGUCCGGCACGGCUCACGUCAGAUAUGUAGAUAAUGGAGGUUAUGACACUGUCAACAGCGCCACCCUCAGGCAAAUCAGAUCAGACUUUGUGACGUUACCAUUCCAAGCAUCAGAGGUUUUAUUGGAUAAUAUCACACCAUUGCCUGGAGAGGUGGCUUUUUCUCCGGAGGCCAAAACAGCAUUGGAGGAAUUAACUGCGAAUGUGGCCUUGAUCCUGAAGGUGACAGGCAGUCAGGACGGCCUUCCCCUGGUGCACAUGUGGAAACAGAUGGCAGACGAGGUUGUUCUGGUGAACAAAUUACUUGCUGAACGAGGGGUUUGCACCUGGUUAGACGCACCAUAAUAUCAUAGUUUUUCACUUCUCUGAUCUUUGUAUGCACAAUAAAUAAUUUCUAAAUCUGUAA